UGUGUUUCUGGCAGGCAGUCUUGCCUGGGAGGGGUCUGCCGUCAAAGCCACCCAGGAAAGGAGGCCUGAUACGCUAAUUAAUAUUCUGAACUAGUGACCCUUCUUUUUCUUUCCACCCCUUCCCUUUCUCUGGGCUCUCCAGCCUCUCCCUGCCGCGGAUGGCUGCAGCCCCCUCCAGCUGAGUCAGUCCUCCCUCCCCGCAGCAUUGCAGCACCUCCGCAGCUCCCUGCGCUCCAGCUCCUGCAGCACCGGCUCCGCUCCCACCGCAGCAGCAUGGCCAGCACCGUCUCAGCCUACAAGGAGAAAAUGAAGGAGCUGUCUCUGCUCUCCCUCAUCUGCUCCUGUUUCCACACCCAGCCCCAUCCUAACACCAUCUACCAGUAUGGAGAUAUGGAGGUGAAGCAGCUGGAUAAGAGGGCAUCAGGCCAGAGCUUCGAAGUGAUCCUGAAGUCCCCUUCAGAUUUAUCUCCUGAGAGCCCGAUCCUUUCCUCCCCCCCCAAGAAGAAGGACCUGUCCCUGGAAGAGCUGCAGAGGAGGCUGGAGGCUGCAGAAGAGAGGAGGAAGACCCAGGAGGCGCAGGUGCUGAAGCAGCUGGCAGAGAAACGGGAACAUGAGCGGGAGGUGCUGCAUAAGGCACUGGAGGAGAACAACAACUUCAGCCGCCUGGCUGAGGAGAAGCUCAACUACAAGAUGGAGCUGAGCAGGGAGAUCCGCGAAGCACAUCUCGCCGCCUUGAGGGAGCGGCUCCGUGAGAAGGAACUGCACGCAGCUGAAGUUCGCAGGAACAAGGAACAGCGGGAGGAGAUCUCUGGAUAAAGGGCUUUUCUACACAUCUAGCACCUGAUUCCUGUUAAAAAAACCAACCAAUCAACCAACCAACACAUUUUAUUUUGUUUGUCUAGAUACAACAUUCGGUUCUCCAUCCCCCCCUACCCUGGUGUUCAUCCCCCAGCUACACGCUUCUCUAUCUCUGCAUCCUUAAUUGUCAGUACUUGUGGGGAUUCACAGAUCAUAGGGACCCCUAAGCAGAAUAGCAACUAGUUCACAUGAAAUAGAGAAUUGAUCAGCCAAUCAAACAGCUUCUUUGGAGGGUUUUGUCCUUUUUUAAAAAAAUAUUUCUUAAACUGAUGUAAAAAAAUUAAGAUAUUAAUAAAUUCAACCAGCAGUGUCACAGAGGUACGGAUUUCUUAUCCGGGGCUUUUACUCCUCUUGCUGUUUGCUCUGAGCCAAAUAUCAGUUUCAGAAUAACGGGAAGUAAUUUCUGUGUGUGAAGUGGAACAAGGAACAACCCCAUGUUUGCCAGUGGUAGGAGAGAGGAACGAGAGAGGGCUGGGAUGGCUCAGGAGUCAUGGUGUGUGGACCCCCCAUCACUUGGACAUAUCUGGAGCCAACCCAGGCAGGAAGUGACCCAAAGUCCUCAUCUUUGGAUGAUUCUUUGAUAGCCUGUGUGAAAGUAGGUGAGGGUCUCCACGCAGAGCUCAGUGCUGGGUGUCACGUCAUGGCAAGUCCCCAUCACAGCAGGUACCACCUGAUGCCCUGGUUGGCCACAGGCUGGAGGAACCCAUAGACUGAGCCACCCUCUCCCUGGCAGAGUGGGGACUGAGACGUCUUGGCCAAGCAGCCCAGGAAAACCACAGACAGUGAUUGCAUCCCCAGCUCUGCACAAGCCCUGGGAGAGGGCGCUCAGUCUGCAGGCUCUCCAGCACUCCCAAAGCAUCAGUAAGGAAGCAAAUUCAAUAGAGACAGUGCAUAGUUGUGAACAGAAUAAUCAUCCUUCCCUCUUUCCAAAGAUGGAUAUGACUCUUUGGUGCCAUUACAGAGCAGACACCAAGACCAGAGAUGGCCAGAUGAGCCCUAGAGCUCUGGCUUGUUGGCAGCACCCUGUGAGGCAGAGCACGCCAGCUGCCUGCCUGGUACCUCCAGACUGGCAGCUUUGGAUGAGAGGGAGCUAAGAUGGGAGCAAUUCUGUGGUAAGGGUGAAGAGAUGUCCCCAUGCUGAUUCCUUGACUAUCUUUAGCUUUUCAAGGCCUAUUUUUAAGAAAAAAAAAUUGACUCUUGGUGGAGGUAGGGAUGAGAAGAGAACAUGCAAGCAUGGCAGUAAUGUCUGAUCUAGAUAGGUGACUGUCAAAGCCCAUGGACUUCUUAAUCUAGAAUAAUGGCUUAUGGAGGUAGCCAAGGUCCAACAGCCACUGUACACUGCGAGGGGCUGCCACCCUCCUGCUGAGAUCCACAGACCUGCUUACCUUGCCUUAGCUCUGCUUCUGCCUUGAAAAACUAAGCAUAAAUGUUGCAUCUGAAGAGCAGGGAAUGGCCACCUUCCAGCAAGAAGGACCUCAUAGGAUGCGGUGCUGGGGACUCAGCCCUGCAGAGGCAUGGUCCUCUGGCAAGGUUUUGCAGAGGGGGCGGUGGAAGCUGCUUUCAUUUGAGGCAGAAGGUAACAAGGAUUCCACUCUGUCCAGUGCAUAAAGAUUACUGGGUUGUUAUUUUUUUUAACAGAAUGGUGCAGUGUUUUGGGGAGGUGGGCAGUGCAGGUGCCUAGAUGGUAUUUACACCAGGGCACUGCUCCCGAUGGCCCCUCCAUCCUGGCUGCCCUCUCAGACCCCAGAAUAAACCAAAGGGGCAUCCAAGGCCCCAAGGCAUUUAAUUAUUAGUAAUUGGUGUCCUCUGCACGCUGUGCCUCCAAAGAGCCAUUCUGUGGGUGGGAUGAAGGACUCCUGUGGUGGGCUUUGCAGGAUCCUUGAGGAAUAACUUAAGCGCACAGGGGUGCAGAUGUGUUCACGGUCAGCCCAGCAGCAGGGCAUGGGCACAGCCCAGCCCAGGGCUUGCAGGGACCGUGCUCUGCACAGCAGUGCCAGGCAAUGACAAGGAGCUAGAGCUGAUGAGGGGUUUGCACGGGGAGUAAUGAUCCCCUUGCCUCUCCUCCCCUCUGAAAAAGAGAUCGUCACUGAGUCUUGUCAGAAGCUGAAGUAUUCUGUCUACCCUGUGCUAUUAAUUAAAGAAUUGAUUAUGGCCUGGGGUAAGCAUCAGAUGGUCACAGAAACCCCACAGAAAGCCAAAGAGUAGCAGCUGGUGGAGAUCAAAUCCUGGGCUCUUUGCUAGUGUCCCCAGAAGUCCCAGCUGGAUUCAGGAGAAAUCCCUUGAUGGCCACGGUUUGAUGUUAGGGGACACUCUCCUCCUAAAAGGAAGGACUACCUUAGUCCCAGACCCCUCCACCUGGGCUGGGGGGAGGACAGGACUGUUAGAAAGCCCCAGCGCUGCCCAGAGAUGAAAAAAAUAAGAUUUAGGGCAAAGAGGAAGGAAACUGAGGGUUGAAUUUCUUAACAGUAGCUAAUGAUCAGUUUAUAGUAGCAGCUGUCUUAGAUAAGCAUCUGUGUAGAGCGUGGCAUCACCGCCAGCAUCACCUCAUUCAUAUAGUGAUGAGAAAUUUUAAAAAGUUUAAAAAAAAAAUUUAAAAGUAAUUUAAAAUGUUUGUGUGUAAGAAAUGGUUGAAACUCAAAUGUCUGUGUCCCACAUUGGUGGGAUCUGAGAAGGUAUCUGAGAGAUAUUAACCCUGUCCUACUCUCUGUGGUGCUGAGUGUUUGCUUGGUGUGUAAUUCUGACCUGGAGCUUGUUGUAAAUACUGUUUUUAGUACUAUGAUUAUUAUGAUUAUUAUUAUCAGAAAUGUUGUACUCAUGAGCAGGAGUUUAAAACAAGAGGAAUGACCGUUUUCACUCCCUCCUUGGGGCUCAGAAGGAGUCGGAGCCUGGGCUGGGUGAAGGCAGGGUGCCUGCGGCGCGCAAUGCCAGACCAGAGAGCAACUGGAAAAUCACAGAGUCAGGAGCUGGAGGCCCCCGAGUCCUGCAGGCAGGGCAGUGAGAGUGACGAUGGGCUGCCCCUCGUGCUGGGAGGAGAAGGGAGGGCUGAGAGGUUUAAUAGAGGUGAUGGUUCCAUUCUGGUACAUAUAACUUAGUGUUAACCCGAACCUCCUCAUGUGAGGGAGUCCAGGCUGUUCCCCGCAGCCCCAGGGGAAGCUGGAGGAGCUGCAAGAUUUGGUGUGUGCUGAAGGAGGAGCGGUUGGUUGCAGGUUGUGCAGGUUAGAACCAUCCUCCCCAAACAGCUACUGAGUCUCUGGACUUGGUCCUUGCCUGGAUCUGCCUUUGUGCUGCGAGCUUAGUGCCUGCGCCUGCUUUCCUCCCCCUCGCUGGAGGCCAGCCUGGAUCUCAGGUGGGGACUUAUUCUUGCAAUAGCUUUGUCUGGCAAAAAAUCCCAUGAGGAAUGCACAAGAGAGUGCCCAGGCACACGGUGCUCAUGCAGGUGUGAGCACUGGGAAACUCAUUUUUCUCAGCUCCGUUGGGUCGGUGCUGUGAGGGUCAGUGGAUGUGGCUGGAAAACAUUUUACUGCAGGGUAAGCUCCUCCAUCAGAGGAGCAGCGAUGUGCAGGGAGAGUUUUGCAUCGGUAAUAUCAGGGGACCGGCUCUGUUACAGCUGCUGAGACAAGUUGUACCAAGGAAACAACCUCAUCCGUGGGGCCAGAGACUUUAGGUGUAGCAGAGCAAUGUUUGCCCGGUGCAGAUGAAUGUAGUAGGGAUGCUGGGGAGCUUGACAUUUGUCCAGUGCCACUGGACACUAUCAGGGAAAUGUGUGACUGCUUUAGCUGUGUGCCCCAACUCCCAUGGUUUCAGGGGGAUGAGGGGUCUCCGCCCACCCACCGCACCACUCCAAACCCACAGGGACGGUGCUGCUGGUGCCAGCAGCUAACAUGGUGCCAUGUCCGACACGCGGCACGUGGUAUGGUCCGCAAUCACAGUUAUUUCAUGCCUUUCCAUCUCCCAGGGUUGCUAAUGGUUGUGUGCAGCAGCCUACUUCAUGCCUCAAUUGAGACUAAUUAAGUAUCCUCACUAACAUCCUUACUGUCCCAGCCUCCCUCAUUCCUGGUCCAUUCCCACGUACCGCAGUUGCAGACAUGGCUUGCAACCCCCCAGUUCCCAGGGCCACGUUCCUUAUGGCAGAGCUUGAGGUUCUUUACUGAUUCCUGUAGAUGUUUAUGAACCAAGCUUUGUAACGACAAUUAGUGGCCACAUUUUUGCAGCAGCAUAUAAACACGAGACUUUGUGCCUGGUAGGGAGAGCAUCCUCGAGGUGGCUGGCAGCAUCCCUGCACAGACCACGAACUGAUAGAGCGUUUGCAGUUGUGAGGGAGGAAAGAUGAGGUGGUGACAAUUGAUUAUGUUCAUGCAUAUACCUUUCAAAGAGCUCUCCUGGAGAAGGGCCUCUGACUCAAGCAAGACAGAGAAGCUGAAGCUAAAUGAGUUCCCAGCUGGGACCGACAGCCAGGCAAUGAGUGAAACUGUGCAAGAGCUGGAACAACUGGCCUCAUAUCCCAAAUUAAAGCUCUGUGCUCACAUUAGCCCUUAAAGCAAUGUGCUCAGCUCUGUCUGGAAGUUGGUGCUUUCAAGGAUGCUGGCCCCUCAGACUGCUUCUGGACUGAGCCUAUUCCUUGUCUUCUUAUUUUUGAGUCAUUAAAAAAAUCUUGCUUUAACCCAGACAUGGGGUUACCUUUGAGUUGACCUUCCAGGGACAGUGGCAGUUCACGAUUGCAUGCAUCCUACCUUGGGAGUAGGCCGGUAUUGCUACUCAUUUUAAAAUAAUGUAAACUUCAGCUUGCUUGCUUUUGCUUAGCCUGGUGUGACUCUCUGGCCCUGGCUCUGCAAAGCCUGUCUCAUGGGGUUCGUUUAAUCCUGUCCCGCUGCAUUACUUUCCUCCCUCGCAGUGGUGGUGCACUCGGCUGUGCACAUGCACACAGAAAUGCAUACGUGGAAACAAAAUAUGCACAUACACUCUUAUACCACUUGAAAUGAGUCAGGGAAUGGCUGUUUACGGUGCUAGAGAUUUCUUAAUAUCUGUGCUAGGGAUGAGAUGACAUAGUAAGACCAAUAAACUCCACCUUUGUAGUCAGUUGUCUUUAAGUAAAGCAGAAGAGGGGCACUGGCCAACGCCUACAUUUGGGUGCUCCGUGGUCCCCGGGGUGCAGGGAGGCGGCCACCUGCACCCGCCACCAGGACAGUGGGACCCAAGUGUGGGGGGGCAGCUGGGCAUCCUAGCCCUGGCAUCCCCCGUGCCUCAGUUUCCCACCCCUCCCCAUGCCAAGGGGACACUGGCACUCCCUACCCCAUGGGGACUGCGGGAGAGCCAAUGCCUCCGCGUCUCUAAAGUGCUCUGAAAAUGGAAAGUACCAAAGUACUGAGUUGUGGUACACAACUGUCCACCCCGGGAGGAAUAAACUGGCCCAGGGCUGCAGGCGGAGGUUUGGAAGAUGACUGCGUGGCUGCAGGGCUGAGCCACAACCCCAGGGCUCAGCGCCCCGGCUGCCCUCCUGGGCAGGAUUCACUCCUCCUGCCACAGCCUGGGCCACCUUUGCUUGUGCUGGGUGAGCAGCGGGGUGGGGAGCUGGCACGGUGUCAUGGAAGGACUUUCCAUCACUAACAGAGCCUUGCCCAGUUCCCGUCAGUCUACCGCGUGCAUUUCAUUGUCAACUUGAGGUUGUUGUUGUGCAAAAGAAGUGAUUAUGGAAAAAAAAAAAGAAAAAAAAAGAAAUAAACUUGGUAUGAAACCGUAUGUGUCUGUCUCUCUUCAUAAAUGGAUUAUUUUAGUUCUGAGUUCUUUGUAUUGUGAGAAUACUAACGAGAUGCAUUAAAUGGAAAAUUGACCUAAAGAUUUAACAAAAUAGA